UCAGCCGAACUGGCCAAAGGUGUCUGAACACUUUCAGUGACUCAAAAGUGUGGCUUCAUACAAUGACUCCGGUAACCAAUGGCAACGAACUGUAAACAAGCAGGCUAGUACCUGCAUGCAAACAGGCGAGCGAUUACGCUGGAAAAGUUUUGAAGCUGUGGAUAAGUCCUGGGUCCGUCUGGAACAUGAGCUCACCGCUGUCUGUCCUGGGGAAAAACAGAAGAGCUCCCCUCCACGCUGCACGGCACCAAGGGCAGAGACGGGGGCCGUUCAAAGAGAAACCGUGUGCAGGCUCGGGACUCAGUGACUUUGAACUCAUGUCCACAAUGAUGGAGAAACACCGUCUACUGGAGAAGAAGGUGUUCAGCCAGAGCAUAGAGAUCCAGAAUAAGGAUAAAAAGAUUGCUGUGCUGCAAGAGAAACUGAGGGCUCUUCAGGAGAAAAUGAGCUCCUCUGCACCCCACUCUGAACCUGGAGUCCUGCUGCAGGACAUGAGUGAGAGCAGACAGCGCUUUCAUUUCUCCUGUUGUGUGUGUUUGUGUAUGUGUGUGCGUGUGUGUGUUCGUGUGUGUGUAGAGGAGGCUGGAGGCGGUAGUCGGGAGGAGGAACUUGAGCAGACCUGCCACACACUCCAGAACCAGGUGUGGGAGAUGGAGCGGUUCCUGAAUGACUACGACAUGGUGUGGGUGGGGAACAGGGGCGUUCCACAGGAGGAGGCACAGACCAAACAGGAAGUAUGGCGUGGGCCACUCCUACAGCAGCCAGAUGUUCCAGGGCGGCAGGGCUUCCAGAUGAACUUUGACCUGGUGGUGCGGUGCGUGCAGGAGCUGAACGUGGUGGCGGGGGAGGGGGUGUCCCACGUGCAGCUCACUCCUGGGGGGGCCAGGCUGGCCCAGCGCCCCUCCAUCCCCCUCACCCUCUACAGCAACGGCAUCGUCCUGUUCCAUGGGCCCUUCCGCCCCUACCACGAUCCCAGCACACAGCAAUGCAUGCUGGACCUGAUGGAUGGAUACUUCCCUUCUGAGCUGCAGGAGCAGUUUCCAGAUGGAGUUCCCUUCCAGGUGACGGAUAGGAGGGAGGAGGAGUUUAAGGAGAGACCCGUGGGGGCAGAGUUCCCAGGAGAGGGGAAAGCUGUGGGCGGAGCUGAGAGCAACGGACACGCCCCCAGGAGAGCCGUGCACGAUGGACACGCCCCCAGGAGAGCCGUGCACGAUGGACACGCCCCCAGGAGAGCCGUGCACGAUGGACACGCCCCCAGGAGAGCCGUGCACGAUGGACACGCCCCCAGGAGAGCCGUGCACGACACACAUCAGUCAACAGGAGGGAAACUCUCCAUGGAACAGUUCCUGAACAAGCUUCCACAGACGGUGAUUAAGGCGGGGAGAGUGAUUGACAUCCGCGCCUCUCUGAAGGCAGACAUGCAGAACCCCACCUGCACCCAAACCAUCAUAGAGACCCCUGCCCUCCAGAACCCCAGGUCCCCCGGUGAUGAUGUCAUAGUGCUGAAGGUGAGGGUGGAGGAUGGGCAGAGCUUCAUCCUCAGAAUGCUGCCCUCCGAGACGGUUGGGCAGCUGCGCAACUACCUGGACACACACAGAGGCCCUGGAACAGAGGCAUACGACAUCAUCAGCACCUUCCCCUCCUGUCGCUAUGACAACCGCUCUCAGACUCUGCGAGCUUGCGGCCUAACGUCCAACACUACCCUGCUGCUGCGACCCCACCAUGACCCCUCCAGGACUGGAUUUAAACCUGCAGCACAGUGCCCCCUCCAGGACUGGAGUUAAACCUGCAGACACUGUGGCCCUCCAGGACUGGAGUUAAACCUGCAGACACUGCGGCCCUCCAGGACUGGAGUUUAACCUGCAGCACAGUGCCCCCUCCAGGACUGGAGUUAAACCUGCAGACACUGUGGCCCUCCAGGACUGGAGUUAAACCUGCAGACACUGUGGCCCUCCAGGACUGGAUUUAAACCUGCAGACACAGCGCCCCCUCCAGGACUGGAGUUAAACCUGUAGACACUGUGGCCCUCCAGGACUGGAGUUAAACCUGCAGACACAGCGCCCCCUCCAGGACUGGAGUUUAACCUGCAGCACAGCGCCCCCUCCAGGACUGGUUCUCAUCAUGAUGUCAAUGUUACCAUGGAAAUCACUGCUCACCACAAUGACAAAUAGUUUCACCAGAUAUUUAUUAUCUUCUUGGAAGACAACAGAUUGUUUUUGGCCAAAAAGGGCAAAGCAGUGAAGAUGGAAUGUCACAGAGUUAGGGUUAGGGUAACAGGGUUAGGGUUAGGGUAACAGGGUUUAUGGUCAGAGUUAGGGUUAGGGUAACAAGGUUUAUGGUCAGAGUUAGGGUUAGGGUAACAAGGUUUAUGGUCAGAGUUAGGGUUAGGGUAACAGGGUUUAUGGUCAGAGUUAGGGUUAGGGUAACAGGGUUUAUGGUCAGAGUUAGGGUUAGGGUAACAGGGUUUAUGGUCAGAGUUAGGGUAACAGGGUUUAUGGUCAGAGUUAGGGUUAGGGUAACAGGGUUUAGGGUAACAGGGUUAGGGUUAGGGUAACAGGAUUUAGGGUUAGGGUAACAGGGUUAGGGUUAGGGUUAGGGUAACAGGGUUUAGGGUUAGGGUAACAGGGUUAGGGUUAUGGUUAGUGUAACAGGGUUUAGGGUUAGGGUAACAGGAUUAGGGUUAGUGUAACAGGGUUUAGGGUUAGGGUAACAGGGUUAGGGUUAGGGUAACAGGGUUAGGUAAGUAAGAAAUCUGAUUUCCCAAGUUGUCCCAUAUUAGGGCCUCUUGGGAAAUAAAAGUUUGCACUGGCCAUUCAGGGUACUGAAGCCUUUAAGUAGGAAGAAUUUGGUCCCUCUUGUGUCGGUGCUCUAUGUGCGUUGGUUCAGUCCUCUUGGAAAUAGAGUGCUAAGUUUGAGAAUCCAGUGUUUCUCGAACCUGCGUCUCUCCUCCGGUGUCCAGUUAUUAUUUGUUUGAAGGCCUGAUAUUUCUAGUGCCUCAAGUCCAUGGUGAAGGAAAUGAGCCACCAGGUGUGUGUCUGUCUCUCUGUGAUUUCUAAUGUUGUAUAUAUGUUGUGCUAGUCUACAUUUAAUUGUGUUCCCUGUCUCCUACAUAUAUUAUACCACAUUGUUUGCACUUAAUGGCAUAUAUGCAGUUUUUAGUGUUUUUAGUUAGUGUUUGUUUUAUUAUGUAGAAGGGUUAGGGUAACAGGGUUAGGGUUAGGUUUAGGGUUAGGGUAACAGGGUUAGGGUUAAGUUUAGGUUUAGGUUUAGGGUUAGGGUAACAGGGUUUAGGGUUAGGGUUAAUGUGGGCGGCCUCAACGUUUCAGUAACUUUACAGCAGCACUCAUAUUCCACAAAAUACACCAUUAUUUAUUGUAUGUGGUCAGGGAAUAAAAUAUAAAUCAAAGAACUGGUUUGAUGAUUUGGCUCUUUCUAUUAAAACCCUUUCCAAC